AUGAAGUUUCUCGAAGCAAUUGUGGCCUUUUAUGCCGGCGCCUCCGCCGUGUCGGCGCUGUCGAUCCCGCGCGACGUGACUGCCCUGGCUGUGCGCGCCGCUGAUGACAUCUCCACCAUCCACGCCUCUCUAUUCGACUCCAAGGCGCUCGAAAAGCGGAAGGGCGGCGGUGGUCGCGGCGGUGGCAGCAGCAGCAGCAGUAGCAGCUCGUCCUCGGGCAGUGGCGGUCGCAGCAGCAGCGGCUCGUCUUCCAGCUCGUCCUCGUCCAAUGCAGGCGGCCGCACCUCCUCAGGCUCCGGUGUCCGCCCCGCCUAUGGUGGCGGUGCUUACUAUGGCGGCGGCUCCUCCGUCCCCUACACCGCAGGACGCGCCUCGCCCCGCGGCAUCAACCCGUUCCUCUUCCCCGUCGCCGCAUUAGCCUUCCUUCCCGCCGCAUGGCUGGCCGCGAGCGCGUAUGGCGCGUACGGGUACCACUACACGCACCCGUACGUCUUUCGCAACACCUCGGACCCCAACAACAACGGAACGAACACGACGCUACCGGUUGAGUGCUACUGCCAGCAGUACACCGUCUGCGGAUGCGAUGACAACAACGACACGGCCUACUACGACAGCUUGGUCGGCAACGGCAGCUACGACGCUCUCAACAAGAGUCUCGUCACCGUCGCCCGCGUCAACGGUUCCGACACGCUCGUCAUCAACGGAGUCCUGCCCAACGGCACCACCGCCUCCGGUGGCUCCGACUCCGCCGCACCCCCUGCUCUGGCCAAGUUUGGUGGCUGGUGGGCCUUCAUCACGCUCGCCGUCUACGCCGUUUGCUUCCUGUAG